AUGAAGUUCUCCCUUGCUACUAUUGCACUGGCUGCCGCUGUUGCUGCCUCCCCCACCAACCCUCCCGCUGGAGCCGGCAACUGCAAUGUCAAAGGCAAAACCGGAAACGUUACUUGCUGCAAUUCUGCCAUUCCGAUCCUUGGUCAGCUUGCCUGCAAUGUCCUUGCCAGCGGCACUUGCAACUCCGGCCAGACAGCCUACUGCUGCGACACCGGUGGUAAUACGGGUCUCAUCAAUGUUAUUGCUCUCAACUGCGUCAAGCUCCUCUAA